AUGUCUUGCCGAUCCUAUCGGGUUAGUUCUAGGGCCGGUGGUGGAGGUGCCGUCAAGAAUUAUAGCUCCUCCUCAGCUGUUGUCCCAAGGAAUGUGAAGCGCUACAGUGGCGUCAGCACCGUCUCGUACAAAGGGGCCAGCGGCGUGGGCCACAGAGGGUUAAGCUUUGGCAGCAGGAGUCUUUGCGGUGUUGCAUCCUGCAGGCCAAGAAUCGCCAUUGGCAGCUACCGGCCUGUGAGAUACGGAUACAGUUUUGGGGGUGCCGGUCUUGGACAUGGCUAUGGUGCUACUGGCUUUGGCUACAGGGUUGGAGGAGUCAGUGGGACUUGCCCACCCAGCAUUGCACCCGUCACGGUCAACCCCCACCUUCUCCAGCCUCUCCAUCUGGACAUUGACCCGAGCAUCCAAAUGGUGAAGCAACAGGAGAAAGAACAGCUGAAGACCCUCAACAACAAAUUUGCUUCAUUCAUUGACAAGGUCCGAUUCUUGGAACAACAAAACAAGGUGCUGGAGACAAAAUGGAGCUUACUGCAAGAGCAGAAACGAGUCAGGAGCAACAUAGAGCCCCUGUUUGAUGCCUUUAUCAAUAACCUGAGGCGGCAGCUGGAAGGGCAUGGAUGUGACCGAAGCAAGCUGGAGUCAGACCUGACCAACUCAAGAGACAUUUUGGAAGAUUACAGGAGAAAGUAUGAAGAGGAGUGCAACCGACGGACGUGUGCCGAGAAUGAAUUCGUAACCCUUAAAAAGGAUGUUGACUGCAUAUACAUGAACAAGGCUGACCUGGAAGCCAAAGUGGAAAGCAUAAUUGAGGAGAUCAGCUUUCUGAGAUGCUUGUACGAGGCGGAGCUCCAGGAACUCCAGGCCUGCAUCUCAGAUACCUCAGUGAUUGUGCAAAUGGAUAACAGCCGAGGCCUGGAUCUGGAUGACAUCAUUGCUGAUGUCAGGGCCCAAUAUGAAGACAUCGCAAACAGGAGCCGCUUUGAAGCAGAGUCGUGGUACCAGUGCAAGUAUGAAGAGAUGAGGCAAACAGCUGGCAAACACUGUGACAACCUACGUGACUCAAAGAACGAUAUCAUGGAACUGAAUCGUGUGAUUCAAAGACUGAAGUCUGAAAUUGACAGUGCCAAAGGCCAGCGUAGCAAACUGGAGGCUGCCAUCGCAGAAGCUGAGGAGCAUGGGGAAAUGGCCCUCAAAGAUGCAAAGUGCAAGUUGGCGGAGCUGGAAGAUGCCCUGAUGAAAGCCAAGGGAGACAUGGCCCGGCAGCUGCGGGAGUACCAGGAGUUGAUGAAUGUCAAGCUGGCAUUGGAUAUUGAGAUCGCCACCUACAGGAAGCUGCUGGAAGGAGAGGAGAGCAGGUUGUGUGGUGAUGUCUGCCCCGUGAAUAUCUCAGUGUGUCGGACCCAGGGCGGAGUUGUGUGCGAUCCUGAUCCUUGCAUCGGAGGGGGAUACACUUCCAGCAGCAGGACCGUCGUCAGAGGCGGAGGGAUUGUGAGCAACGGUGGCGGAGUAUGUGGCACUGGCAUAGGAAGAAGUAUUGUGACUGGUGGCGGCGAAUUGGGCCUGCCGGUCGGCGUGUACAGCGCCGGAAGUACAAAAGGCUCCAACGUCAAGUUUGUGUCCACUUCCACUUCUUUCAGAACAAAAUAUUAA